GAAGAAAGGCGAGGUGACAACUGGUGGGGGAAGGGGACAGGAGAGUUUAAACUCCGCCUGCGCGACUGUGCGGUCGUCGCGAAAAACAUCAGUGUUGGCUCAAGUCAAGUCAUGACGAGAGGAGCAAAAAUGGAAUCCACAUGAGAGUCCAAAAUGGUUUCCUCGUCAGGACUGGAAAGUUAAGUCGCUAUCCAGCACUGGCAUGCUUCCUUUGGGGGCAGUCCCAUAUAUCCGCCCCUCGUUCCCCCAAGUCCCGUCGCCACCGCCCUCCGUUUCUGUCCGCUAAAGAGAGAUCCACGCCUUUUCGCUCUCUGCGCGCGAGGUAUGGGAGCGGAAGCGGGGGAGAGUCUUCACAGGAAAGGGCUGUGGACAGAGGAAGAAGACAGGCUCCUGCUCGACCACAUCAGGGUCCACGGACCCGGUCGCUGGAACCGCAUUCCGAAGUUCACCGGCCUCAAGCGACAUGGGAAGAGCUGCAGAUUGAGGUGGCUGAACUACCUGAGCCCUGCCGUGAAGCGCGGCAAAUUCUCCGAGGAGGAGGACGACCUCAUCGUCCGACUCCAUAAACUCCUUGGAAACAGGUGGUCACUGAUAGCGGGAAGGGUCCCCGGUAGGACGGACAACCAAGUGAAGAACCACUGGAACACCCACUUGUUCAAGAAGCUUGGGACCGGAAAUUUCAAACGCCCGAGAAGCGAUCCCAAGCCCGAGUAUCGAGCUCAAGAAGAACAGGAAACCACCGAUCACCAUCACCCCAUCAACGAUUCGAAUGCAGGUAACUGUGAUAGGCUCCCUCCCUGUCGGAGCACAAUGAGUAACACUGGUGCUGACGAUGCCGAAGUCGGAGACGUCUUGAUGAGGGAAAAUUUUCUUACGGGAAGUGAAGGUAGCGAUGGUGAGGAGUGGAUGAGGGAUCACCGCGUUUGGCUUGGAUCUCCCAUGUUAUCUAGCGACAGAUAUUUCGAGCUAAGUAACGUGGGACUGGAGGACCUCGUUAUAGACAGUUACUCUCUCGACCAGAUGUGGCGGCACCUCUAGUUUCGUUUCGGCUUAGUUAUCAUUUGGUUUCUGUACCGGUUCGCCAUCGAUUCUAAGGUCUUACAUCUUCCUAAGACCAAUCCGUCGAUAAGGUCGUCGAGUGUAACUUAGAAGUCCGGUCAAUGAUUAGCGGACCAUUCGACAAAGUUCCAAGUUGUCGUGACAAAUUUUAGUACGAAGUGGUCG